CUCCAGCCAAGCCAAAACAAACCCUAGCUCCCCUGGAGACUCGACUCCGGCGACGACGAGGCGGAAUGGCGGCGCGGGCGGCGGCGCUGAUGGAGUUGGACGAGCUCGUCGAAGCGUUCCUCCUCCGCCUCCCACCGGACGACCCCGCGAGCCUCGUCCGCGCCUCCCUCGUCUGCAAGCUCUGGCGCCGCAUCCUUGCCGACCGCGGCUUCCGCCGCCGGUUCUGCGAGCUCCACCGACGGGCCCCGGUGCUGGGUCUUGUUGUCUUCGGACGUAAUCAGGCCGGGUCCUGCUUCACGCCCACCUCUUCCUUCCGGCCGCGCAACGCGGACCUCCGAGGCCGGCCCCGGUACGCCAUCGACUCCCGCCACGGCCGCGUCCUCUUCUCCAGGUCGCUCAUCUUUUCCCAAUUCCUGUACCUCGCCGUCUGGGACCCCAUCUCCGGCGACUGGGUGGAACUGCCCAAGUUGCCGGCGCCGCAGCACCCCAUCGAUAGCAUCGGGAUCCGCUGGAAUGCGGCGGUGCUCUGCGCCUCCAACCCGAGCAGCAGCAGCAGCAGCAUCAGCGCCUGUGACAGCAUCGACUGCCACCUUGGGCACUUCCUUGUUGUCCUAAUGGCCACCUCCCGGCACAGGGUAUAUGUCUAUGUCUACUCGUCGCAGGAUGCCACAUGGAGUGAAACAACCUCUACUGCCCUGGACCCCCUUGGGCCUAGUAAGCGUCUGUGUCCUGUAGGGCUCGCCGUCGCCGCACUCGCUAGCAAUGCGCUAUACUUCAAGGAGGUUUCUUUGGAUCUGAUUGUUGGAAUCCUCAAGUACGACUUGGGCAAGCAGGAAAUCAGCUUUGUUAACCUGCCACCUGACAUACACGGACAGCGUCAAGUUCUGCUCACAACUACAGAAUACGGUGGAUUGGGAAUCGCCAGAGUAGAGAGUUCGAGGAUCCACUUGUGGGCAGGGGAGACUGGUCCUGGUGAGCGUUUGGGAUGGGUACCAAGUAGAGUCAUUGAACUCAAUACCAUGCUCCCUGCUAAUACCCACUCGAUUGUUGUGGUUGCCUUUCUGCAUAGCAUUGGUGCCUUUCUGGUCAGUACAAACGAUGGGGUAUUCAGUGUUGAUCCGGAGUCUAACCGGGCGAUGAAGGUAUGUGAAGGCAGUUGCGGCAUAAAUGUUGUUCCCUACAUGUGCUUCUGCACUCCAGCACAAGAUGUUUCCCUUACAUAUACAGCGGAGGGACCAGGUGCAAGUGUACCUAAUGUAUGACGAGCUCAAGUUUGUGGUCAAAGGCUGAAUUGGUGGUCAUCAUGGGUGACAUAUUUGGGUAUUAGUGCUGAUAGAGCUAUUUUGUGGAUCAUCAUUUUUUUAUAUAUGGCCUUCGUGUUUUCUGGAGCUUUGUGUAAGAAAUGGUCUAGUCUCCCAUAGCUCUAGAAAUAGCAGCUUGUUGUCUAAAGCUUGCAAGGGCUUGUCUGUAAUUAAGAUGUUGAGCCAAGCAGCAUCAUACUCUGGUUCAAAACUUGAGGCUGCAGUCAGGAGGUUGAUAUGGAUAUAAAUAAUUUGUCUGAAACCAGUUAAAACAUUCUUCUAUUC